UGUAUGAUUUAAUCCAAAUUUCCCUUUUUUUUUUAAUCUUUAUUUGUUAUCACAUGCGAUAUGAUCUCAUUAGCUUGUACUCUGACUCCUUAUUCUUUCGUAUUUUUGCCUCUUGAAAUGAUUAAGGUUGAAUUCAUUUUCCUUUUGCUUAUGAAUUCUGAUGAUUUGAUAGGGGGUUAAGUUCUAGUACAUCUUAAUGAACAUAUCUUCAGUGUUCACUGUUGAAAGGUGUUUGGUUGUUAAUCUGUAUUAAUUUCUGCAGUAUUUGUUCAUUCAUGGUUAAGUGCUCCUGAAGUUCUUAAGUUGGUUUACUCAAGUCUGCUAAGUCUGUGUUAUGAUUGUUGAUUUAUGUGCAUAAUCUGUGUGUGACUGUUUUGUGUAAUGUUUACUUUAAAGCUGUAUGGUAAUGGUGUGAUCCUGUUAUUUUAUUAUCUGUAAAGAUUUUGGGCUUUGUUGACCGGGGAAAUUGAUGAGGAUAGCAGGAGCCCAAUAAUAAGAAGAAACCCAAUAAGUUUUCAGCUACCUUAUUUGAUUAUUAGUGAAUACCAUAAAUUUGGUUUUUAUUUACUUGUACCUUGACACUUGUUAGGUGAUAAUUUCAAGUGCUGUUCUUAAUGUAUGCGGAUAUAAUGAGCUUUGUAGAUUGUUCAAUUUGAUAUGGACCAAAAUCCCGUCACAUACGUAACUUGUUAUUCGAAUCUUAUGUGAUGAGAAUACCAUUCAUGAAGUCUAUAAACCCCAUACAUGGUGGGUCACAUGUUCUCCCAAAUUGACAUAUGGUUUAUCCAAGUAAACUCCCCAUCUAUCCAUUUGUUAGACUUGCCAAAUCCUUUGUCUACGUGGAAAAAACAUGCUACCCGUGUAGUAAAAUAUCUGACACCGUCUCCAUUGGAAUUUUUUUUUUAUUAUUAUUUAAUUACAAUGUUAACUAGAAAUGAAAGGUAAGGCAGAAUUCACUAUCACAGCAGUCAAUGUGGAAAAUUGUUAAUCUACUAAAUAUGGUUACAACUACUUGUGAUAUGACUGCAUAAAAAAAUAACUACUGAUGAUAGUAAUCAGUGUCUAGAAUGUUUUUGGUCUACUGGAAACACCCUUGAUGUUUAAUAGUUACUGUAGCAGGUGAACUUGAAAUUUGAAAUAGUGAAAAUCAGAUACUGUGAGUCAAGGCAAGUAAUGAAAGUAUUUUGGUUUGCAAUUUUAGACAUCUAUGUACGUUUUUUCUUCUUAAUUUAUUGGUUUAUUUAUGAUAUUGAUUGAUUUUAUCUUCAAAGGAUAGUAAUUAAACUGUAUUCACUAUCUGGUUCAUGGGAGUUACAUUAUCCUGCCCAUGAAACUUCCUUGUGAAUUGGUACUUGUGAUUUCUUUUAUUGGUUGCUUUAGUUUGAACUUACCAUAUGAUAAGCAUACCAUGAUGAAUAUAAGGAUGUGGUUGGGAAAUAACUGUCCAUUUCCACCUUGUUCAGACAUUGGCCUUUGGGAUGACAUUUUCAAUUUGUCUUCCUUAAAUCUGUAUGGAGUACAAGGCUGUGAAUUGCCUGUGAUUGAAUACCCUAAUAUUUCCGUGGGAUGACAUUUAUAUGCAUGGUUUAGGUUUUUUGAAUAGCCCACUGACUGUUUCCACCAGAUUUUCAUUUUUUAUUUCAUAUCUUGUAGUUAGGUGUGUCAUUGGGAAUAAAUUUUGGUAUUGCUAAUAAUUUUCCCGUUGGGAGUAACUGAAAUUUUGUUGUAAAGUUUCAAAAUAUUAAAUUUUGUUGUGUUAAUUGAAUUGGGAAGUAUCAGUACUUGUAAGAUUUCAAUGCUUUAACUAUUAAGUAAAGGUUGAGAUAAUAGAUGAUUACUGUCAGGAUCCAUAAAUACAGGACAUCAAUGUAUGUCAAAUAAUAUAUCAAUAUAUGAAUAUGAGUUUGAAUGCCUUUUUAAACCUGUUAUCUUAUUUAUGACCAAGGCAAUUAUAGUAUUGGUUCCUCACAUGGUGCAAUGUGAUAUAAUGAUGUUAUUAUAUCAGGCCAUAUACUCAGCAGCAGCAUGUACUGGUGUCCAUACCAUUUUAGUGGAUGUUACAUAAGCGCCACUGUCUUAACAAGCAUCCUGUGGCCAUUGAUGUUGACAUGGUUGUUGAUCUAUGCAUUUAAAUACCAACCCUAUUGCCAUUUACUUGUGAUAGACCCCUUCGUAUAUUUAUUUUAUUUGUGUUUGAAGUUAAUAUAUUCUGAGUACUUUUUAUGUACUUUUAGAUAAAACAAGAAUAAAUGAAAAAAUAGAAAUAUUAUCGACCACAUAAGCUUGAAAUGGAGUUGCUUCUCUAGAAAAAAUACAAAGUUAUGGCAGAAAAUGGGGUAUAUUGUGGGCGUAGCUCAGUAUUAGAUUUCCUGUGAAAUCAUUAACAUUUCCUUAGAAAUUUCUGAUGUUGGAAACUUUCACAAAGAGAGAGUUGGAAGUUAUGCAUACCCCCAAUUUUUAGUCACACCAUCGUUAAAAAUAGGUAAACUUUGUGGAAAUUUAGAAAAAGUUGCAUAUACUUUUAACAUUUUUUAUUAUAUGAUGAUAUGCAAAGCCCUUAUUGACUCCUCUGCUUGCAAACAAGUACUAACUGAUUAUUUUUGUGAAACAAAAAGGUUCUUGUUCUUGGGAUCUAUUUGAGAAUGUGACAAUUUUGUAAUAUCUCAGCUUAGCAUCUACAUGGUCUGUUUGGCUUUAAAAUGCUGUGAAGCUUCUCCACUACGGUACAAAUUGUACUUCUUGAUUGAUUGGUCGAUGGAACCUAAUGGUCAUAGGAAAACAAGAAGGGAUCGUACUGUGCAAGAAAAGAGUGUUAAGAUCUCAUCAAAUGAUGCUGAAGAACUGGAUCCUUGGACUGCAUGGGCAUACAAGCCUCGUACUAUUUCCUUGCUAUUUAUUGGUGCAUGCCUUCUUAUUUGGGCAAGUGGAGCUCUUGACCCAGAUAACAGUUCAUCUGAUGAUCGCGUUAGAUCUGUGAAGAGGGGUGUAUGGGCAAUGAUUGCGGUCUUUCUAGCUUAUUGCUUGCUUCAAGCACCAUCAACAGUGCUUAUUAGGCCACAUCCUGCAAUUUGGCGCUUAGUCCAUGGAAUGGCAGUUGUUUACCUUGUGGCACUUACAUUUUUGCUCUUUCAGAAUCGUAAUGAUGCUCGGCAGUUCAUGAAAUUUCUACAUCCUGAUCUUGGUGUUGAACUUCCUGAAAGAUCGUAUGGAUCGGAUUGCCGAAUUUAUAUUCCGGACAAUCCCACAAACAGGUUUAAGAAUGUUUAUGAGACCUUGUUUGAUGAGUUUGUUCUAGCUCAUAUUUUUGGAUGGUGGGGCAAGGCCAUAAUGAUUCGCAAUCAGCCCCUUCUGUGGGUGUUGUCAAUUGGGUUUGAGUUAAUGGAGCUCACAUUUCGUCACAUGUUACCAAACUUCAAUGAGUGCUGGUGGGACAGUGUCAUACUGGAUAUCCUAAUCUGCAAUUGGUUUGGUAUCUGGGCUGGAAUGCGUACUGUCCGUUACUUCGAUGCGAAAACAUAUGAGUGGGUUGGUAUAAGUCGACAACCAGAUAUGAUUGGCAAGGUUAAACGAACAUUAGAACAGUUCACACCAGCACAGUGGGACAAAGAUGAGUGGCAUCCUUUGCUUGGUCCGUGGAGAUUCAUACAAGUUCUCAGCCUUUGCAUUGUCUUCUUGACAGUAGAGCUCAACACCUUCUUCCUCAAGUUCUGUCUUUGGAUUCCUCCUCAGAACCCUUUGAUUGUGUAUAGAUUGGUCUUGUGGUGGCUGAUCGCAAUACCAACCAUUCGUGAGUACAAUUCAUACCUACAGGAUAGAAAACCAAUAAAGAAGGUAGGGGCAUUUUGUUGGCUUUCCCUUGCCAUAUGCAUAGUAGAGUUCUUUAUAUGCAUCAAGUUUGGCCAUGGCUUAUUUCCAAAUUCAAUGCCUGUGUGGUUGGUAUUCUUCUGGGUUUCUGUGGGGGUAGCCCUGAUGAUAUUCCUGAUGGUGUGGUCUUGGCAGUUGCAUCAAACUUUGGGUAGAAAAAGGCUAUGAUUUUGCAUUUCUGUUACCCCAUUUUUUAAUUCUUAUUUUAUUAAUAUCCUUCCAAUUUGUACAUAUAUAUAACCUUUACGAUCUGUAAAUUUUAUGAUGUUAUUUUUAAGUAGAGGGAAGCAAUUUAGUAUGUUGAGAAUGGUUGAUUUUUCCUGUUAAGUAGUGGAAGAUGUCUUUUAUUUCCAAGUGUUAGUUUCUACUUUGCUAACGUUGCAAAUCGGAGAACAUUUCUAAACUGGAGGUCGACGUUAUAUCUCUUA